UCUCUCCUCCAAAACCUUCCUCUUCCCCCUUGCCCUUGCACCCUAGCCUCACACCCGAACCAGUACCCCCUGUGCCCCUACCCCCUCUGCAUGCACCGAGCCAUCAUCGCCCCCUCACACGUUUGCAACCUGUCGUCUGCUAGCAGCCAAUCCCCAGCUUCCUCUCCCUUCUGCCCCCCGCCAGCCAACCCAGCCGCCUGCGCCCCUGCUGCCGCGAACCUGCGCCUCUGCCCGCGCCCAGAUCCCCUGUUCCUGCGCCCAGCCUUGCUCUGCAGCGAGCCCUGCAUCCCUGGCCUCUGUGCGCCUGCUCUCUGCGUCCAAUCCCUGCCCUACACCGAGCCUUGCCUUGCACGCUUCUGCUCCCUCUCCUCUGCGCCUCACUACCGGCCAUCAUGCUCCUACACUAGAUCCCGUGCCUUCUACGCCUCCCUUGCACUCUGCGCCCCAUUGCCGGCAAUGAUGCCCUUGCACGCCCGAGCCAUCAUCAGCACUCCACGCCCCUGCCUCCCUGCACACCACGCCUCACCCCUAAUCCCGCGCCUCUGCACCGCUGAUUGCUGCAGCCCCCAUCAUUGCCUCACAUGCAGAAGAGACAAGGAGUACCGGACAAAUUGGCAUCCUCAGGAAAUUUUUUUAUGUUAUUCUUUUUAUUUUAUUGAAUUGUUUGGGUAUAUAUAGAGCAGAAAGCAGGUCUGGAGGGGGGGUCUGUGAUUGUGGAGUUUUGGAGUUUGCUUUGGGGGGAGUUUCGAGUUUGAUUGUGGGUUAUUUUUGCUGAUUUUGGGACUGGUUUGGGAGUUCUCCUUUUUGGUGAGCUCUGUCUCCGUCACUGGUGUUGAAGGGCUGGUGAUAUGUAGAAAAACUUAGAAGUCACGUGCAGGUGGCAUAUCAGUUACUGUUGGUUUGUGUCAGUUAAUAUGCUAGUAUAAACGUGUUUUGUAACUCUUUGUUGGGUGUUCAGUUAUUUUGGUGUUUCUUCAAUCUUCUUAAACUCCUCUAUAAUUCUCU